ACUCCUGAAGGGGAAUUUUGACUGAUCACCACAGAUUUUAAUAAAGCGAAACAUUGAUCGGAACCUUGAAGAAUGGCAGCUGGUCCACCUCAAAGUGGAGGAGCUGCAGGGCCAUUAGGACCUCCUGCGAUGGCUAGCCAGUGGAACCCUGCAUCCUAUGCUGUAGCUGUUUGGGAAUGGCAAGAUGAACUUGGCAAGUGGAGGCCGUACAGCAGUAAAGUGAGCACUUAUAUAGAGCAAUGUAUGCAAUCUUAUCAGCAGCAGAAGAAUACUCGGGCUCUUGCAAACAGUAGGAGUAUCUCCCUUGGACAAGUUGACCCUAAAUUAGCUCCGUACGUAAUAGACAUUGCAACGCUGGCACAGUUUCGACAAGACACAGGAACCAUGCGAUAUGUCAGAAAAACCCUCUACCCAUUAGACUCCGCUCCAGCUAAAGGCAUUUGUUGGGAGUGGAUGAAUGAUGAUGGCUGUUGGACAGCUUACGAAACGCAUAUCUGCAUAUACCUGGAGGAGAAGUUGACUAAUGGAAACCGCUCUGUAGAUCUUGGAGCACUUGGACUCCACUACCUUAUUGACUUUAACUCAUUCGUUCAGAUAAAUCAGGCCACUGGAUUUAAACGACGUGUUCAAAGGAACCUUGGUGCACCUUAUCCUACAACGCCAAAGGCAGGACCUGCACAUAAGUCGACAGCAUGUGCUUGUCACCAGUGUCUGGCAAGCAGUCAUGCGGGGCCUAUGCAUCGGUAUCGACACUCCAUGAUCAAUCUGCCUACAUCCGCAAAUUACCAGAGCAGUAGCCGAAUAUCUACCAAUAAUGUUGGUUAUUUACCAUAUCCUAAACCUACCAUGACUAGUGCGAAGUCGGCACCAAAGCUUAAUAGCACGUGGGUACCCUCCUCAACGCCUUUGCAACUUGCUGGUCCAUCAUCUGCUAAUGGAAUCAGUAUUCCAUCGGUUCCAGUGCAGAUUCAGAAGUCCAGUUCUAUGAAUCAGGCCUUUGCAGGAGUUACUGACCCAGAACAAGUUGUGAAGAAAUACCUGGAAACCGUUGAUAAGCCUCCAGAAGAGGACUGUAUCAUAGGUCCAGACUUACCUGGCCUGACUCCUGCAGCACCUUCUUCUGUGUCUCGGCAGCCAGGGGGCCGGUCUAAGUGGAGAAGGUCCUCUCCCACACAGCAUAAUGUGCUGCCUGGUGGUGCCUGCUGGACAAGUGACAGCUUCUCCAGCCCCGCACAGCCACCCGUACAUGCUGCGGGUGGCAGAGUGGUGGGGAAGGAAGAGCACUGCAAGAGCACUGCAAUUGCGACUGUUGUGACCCUGGUAGUUCGCCAGUGCCUGUGUCCCUCACUUUAA